UGGUGCGCGCGCCUGCUCAGUGCGCCCGCCCCGGCAGUUCCGUGCGGGCCGAGCCGGGUCCCUCCAGGCUGCCGUACCGCUUGCCACGGCGGGUUGGCGAGGAAUGGAGCCGGUGGGCGGCGGUGGAGACCGCUGCGGCUCCUCCUCCGCAGACCCACGGGGCACCUUCGUGUUGAGUAACCUAGCGGAGGUGGUGGAGCGUGUGUUCGCCUUCCUGCCCGCCAAGGCGCUGCUGCGAGCGGCCGGCGUGUGCCGCUUAUGGAGGGAGUGUGUGCGCAGAGUGUUGCGGACCCAUCGGAGUGUGACCUGGAUCUCCGCAGGCCUGGCCGAGGCCGGCCACCUGCAGGGCCAUUGCUUGGUUCGUGUGGUCGCAGAGGAGCUUGAGAAUGUUCACAUCUUACCACACACAGUUCUCUACAUGGCUGAUUCGGAAACGUUCAUCAGUCUGGAAGAGUGCCGUGGCCAUAAGAGAGCAAGGAGAAGAACUAGCAUGGAAACAGCAUUUGCCCUUGAAAAGCUAUUCCCGAAACAAUGCCAAGUCCUUGGGAUUGUGACCCCAGGAAUUGUAGUGACUCCAAUGGGAUCAGGUAGCAGUCGACCUCAGGAAAUAGAAAUUGGAGAAUCUGGUUUUGCUCUGUUAUUCCCUCAAAUUGAAGGAAUAAAAAUACAGCCCUUUCAUUUUAUUAAGGAUCCGAAGAACUUAACAUUAGAAAGACAUCAACUCACUGAAGUAGGUCUUUUAGAUAAUCCUGAGCUUCGUGUGGUCCUUGUCUUUGGCUACAAUUGCUGUAAGGUGGGAGCCAGCAAUUACCUGCAUCGAGUUGUCAGCACUUUCAGUGACAUGAACAUCGUCUUGGCUGGGGGCCAGGUGGACAGCCUGUCAUCCCUGACUUCUGAAAAGAACCCUCUGGAUAUUGAUGCCACUGGUGUGGUUGGACUGUCAUUCAGUGGACACCGAAUCCAGAGUGCCACUGUGCUUCUCAACGAGGACGUCAACGACGAGAAGACUGCGGAGGCUGCAGUGCAGCGCCUCAGAGCGGCCAACAUCCCGGAGCAGAACACCAUCGGCUUCAUGUUUGCGUGUGUGGGCAGGGGCGCCCAGCACUACAGAGCCAAGAGGAACGUUGAGGCUGAUGCAUUUAGAAAGUUUUUUCCUAGCGUUCCCUUAUUUGGCUUCUUUGGAAAUGGAGAGAUUGGAUGUGAUCGGAUAGUCACUGGGAACUUUAUAUUGAGGAAGUGUAACGAGGCGAAGGAUGACGACCUGUUCCAUAGCUACACGACCAUAAUGGCGCUCAUCCAUCUGGGGCCAUCUAAAUAAAGCCAUCUUUAAAGUGGCUUUUGCAGUCUGUAUCUUUCGGGUUCUGUCUUGGGAUAUGUGUAUUUCAAACAAAAGUACUUUAGAUAUGUCUGUUUUGUAGCUUUGGUUGAUGCUCUAAGAUCACACGGUAGUUUUUAAUACAUUAGAUGAAACACAACUUUGUAUGUAACAUAACACAGAUCAAGAGUUGAGAGCUUUUGGUAUCCGGCAGGAGCGGACCGACUACAGCUGUGUCCACCAGGUCCUGUGGCUGUGAACGCGACUUUAAGUCUUCCUGCAUAGGAAGAUCAAAAGGGAAUUCAUCAGAGAGUGGAGAUGGAGGACAUUCCACAACUGCCUCUCCGUAUUGCUAGAUGAUCUUUUAGCAGAAUCAUGAAGACAUUUUUUUCUCCCUUAAUAAAGGAGAAAAAUAUACAGAUGGCUGGUUUGAGAAAUCUUUCUAUGCUUUUCAAUUUUAUGAAUUUUUCAGAAGUUGUAACAAUAUUAUUACUGAUUUUUUACUUGGUAAAAAUUAACUAUUUUUGUUUUGGUACUCUAAAUUUGUUCAGUCAGAUAGAUUGCCAAGACUAAUCAGCAUUUUAUUAUAUGUAAAACGUUUUCCUUUUGCCUCAAUAAAGAAAUUGCAAGAGAAAAUCUUUUUUUUCCACCUAGUUCUAUAUAGCUAAUUGGCAGACCAGAGAAUUAUAUCAUCUAAUUUUGGUUUUAUACCAAUAAAACAUACCUUGGAAACUCA